AUUGCCCCCCUACGCCACUGAAAGGAAGCGGAAGCUGAUGUUGCGGAGGGGGCUGCUCGGAGUAGCCAGAGACGUGUGACAUGGCCGGUAACAACAUAAUGGACCCGCGGCGGCCAAACCGCGUUCUCAGAUACAAGCCUCCAUCCACAGAGAACAACCCUACCCUGGAAGACCCCACACCAGAUUACAUGAAUCUACUAGGAAUGAUUUUCAGUAUGUGUGGCUUGAUGCUGAAGCUCAAGUGGUGUGCUUGGAUUGCUGUCUACUGUUCAUUCAUCAGCUUUGCCAACUCUCGGAGCUCAGAAGACACCAAACAGAUGAUGAGCAGCUUCAUGUUGUCUAUCUCUGCUGUAGUGAUGUCCUAUCUGCAAAACCCCCAGCCCAUGUCUCCUCCUUGGUGAAAGGAUAAUGCCUCUCCCCAGAGCACCUCUUGCAAAGCAGAGGUGCACUCCCUCUAGAGCAGCCUUUCCCAACCCGUGUGCCUCCAGAUGUUGUUGGACCACAACUCCCAUCAGCCUCAGCCAGCAUUGCCAAUGGCUGAGGCUGAUGGGAGUUGUGGUCCAGCAACAUCUGGAGGCACCCCGGUUGGGAAAGGCUGCUCAAGAGAGAUGACUAUUUUCUCAGGCAGUGCAGAUCCAUUUGCACAAGUAUUGCAAAAGCAUUGCAAAAGUAUUGGGAGUACUAUUUUCCUGCGAUAAUAAAAGUGAUGGCUGUUAGAGACGCUUUGGCUACAUUGCCAAAUUGUCUUAGUGUGUUAAUUAUGCAUUUCACUUGAACACUAGUUAUAGCUCGUAGCUAACUAUCUACAGUGAGAUCUGACUAUACUUCCUGUACUGUUGAGGUUGUCUGCUCAGUUGACAAAGGAAAUAAACUUCUGAAACACAACACACUUAUCACUAACAAACCAAUUAAAAGAAGCUUUUGCUUUCAGAACCAAGUAUUCAAGCCAAUUAGUGUACCACAGAAAUGGUCUCCUGAGAAGCUUCUUUAAAGCUGUAUGGCUCUACUGAUUGGCAGUUUCCUACUGUAGGCUGUAGUCAGAGCAGGAGCACUGUACAGGCAUUUUAUCAGACAGCUUCUAAUGUAGAGCACUGCAUUGUGGAGGCAUAUGAGGCAGCAACCUUUCUUAGCACUGAUCUUGUAUUGGAAUCUCAGCAUUUAUUGAAGCAUUUUUACCAUGCUCUUCAGAUGAAAAAAGAGUUCACAGACGAUCUUACACAUUUCAAUAAUAAAACUGUUUGUAUCUAUAUAAUGAAUAUGCCUCAACAGUAGUAAAAGGAUUGUUUCAUGCAAUGGA